AAACAAUGAAACUGUUCAUCCCUCCAUCCGGAUGAAUCUGGCAACCUUGAGCAGCAAGUAUAUAUAUAUAUAAAUAUAUAUAAGAAAUCAUGAGUAGAAUGAAUCACCACUUAAGCCAUGAUGAAGGUUGGCACUGACAAUAUGACAGAGCCAUUACUGUCGCAGCCCUGAUGUGUGAGUGCGACCCUGAGGCAGGCUUAUCCUGGGGAGGGAAAGGCAGAUGUUCCUCCACAGCCCCGGCAGAAAGCGGACAGCUCCGAUCCGCCUCCAUCAUCGCAGCCCGCGGAGCCGCUCCCUGUCACGUCGGGUCACUCGUCCCCGGGAGCUGUUCUGUUGACUGUAGCAGUUAGAGCUCCUGAGCAUGGCUUUAUGACUGCUGUCUUCCCAAGCCUCCUUACGGCAGAGCGCUGAUGUAAAAGGUCACUGCUCUCUUUGUGAACUCAUUUGCUGACCUUGAGGACAUGUGAGUCUCUGUACACGGCAGAUUUGAAUAGCGCUGUUACAUUAGGCUACACCGGACGCUGGCCUACAGAGCCCCACCCACGGAGAAGAAUGUGUGUCUCCAUCCUGUCCAUAAAGGACUGGCUGAAUAUCCAGGACUUAGCUGGGGGUUACAUACCGUGUUCUCCGUGUUCUUCAUCCAUACAGCGUGCUUAUAUGUGCGUCAGCUGGAAGAUCAGGUGAAAUUCUGCUCUCGUCUUAAGCCGACGCCACAUGUUCUUUGAACAAGGUCACUUGCUUUGAAGGUCCUGUGUUUUACAAACAGACAGCAGCUGGUCACUGUAAUAAUUCCUGCAUAUCCCUAUGAGAGGUGAGUCGGUGCUGCUCGGGACACAAUCCAAGCUUUAUGCUUCAGCGCGUUGACCCAAAAAUAACCCACGUGAAAUACACACUUAGGAUAUUUAUGGAUAUGGGAUUUUUAUUUAGUUUUUCUCUCAAAAUAUAGCAUGCAAAUGACGUGAUAAAAACACAGUAGAAUAUUACGCUUGCUGUUUGAGUUUUCGAUUUCAAAAUAAAGCACAAAGACAACUUCAUUUGAGUUCACAUUGGCUGUCAAGCAGACACAAGGGGAACAAAGGAAAGAGACGAGCCUAUUGAACGUCAAAUCAUUCCUGAAUUUUUCUCUAUGAGGCAAGAAACGCAAUGGUGUUAAUGUUAAUAUCGUUAUCAUACCCCACUAUGUAUGCACCCCGUGUGCAUGUCAUUCUGGAUAUGAUAGUUUCGGGAAAUGCUUCACGUGAAUUUCACCGAUUAACGCAGGACCUACCAUUACACACUUCCAGUUCCAGUUCUCUCUCACGUGAACUACCUUCGCAGAUAAGCAGAUGAUCAUGGUGCUGUGCUGCAGAAUAAUGGUCAUCAUUCUGGAGGCUCCGUGAUACAUUAGCAUUCCGUAAAAUCAGCCGAGGGGAGGAAAAACUCUCCUCCCACAACGAUCUGGCUGGAGAGAGAGGGAGCAGGAGCGGCGCGCCAGCUCAUUCAUGUUGAAUCAAAGUGAUGCGCCAAUCCUGCUUGGGCUGGCACUAAUGUACGCUUUGUCUCACCCACGUCCCCUGGUUCCUAAGAAAGGUUGGCGAUCGCAGUGUGCGAACGGGAAACAGAGCGCAGCCAAACACCACCAAACGCAUGUAGCGCUUUGCCGGAGCGCGUCGCCUGCUUCUUGCUGACAGCGAGUCCGUUGUAUCUUUCGCACGCUGGUACCAUUAGCAGGGAUGUGACGCCGUAAGCGACGCUUCUGCCACGGGAAACUUCAUUCGCUACAAAUGGGGAGCUGAGAGCCUUUUUGGAGCGGAGGAAAGGAAGUUAUUGAGGAAAAGUUGUGCGAAAAUGUCUGUGAAAUCCAGCGCGAUUUCGCUCAAUGACACGGAUGGCCAAGACAUGAUGGAUUUCCCUGAAGUUAAAAAACAUAUGAACUUAGUUCUCUUCGGUCUGUCCAUUGUCAUUGCCUUCGUUACUUUGGUGGGAGGCGUGUGUUCCCUCAUAUUUUUGCUCAAGAUGCGGCGAAAGACGCCGCUUUCUCUCAUAGUGGCUUCCAUGUCCAUUGACGACCUGAUCAGCGUCAUCCCGGUGUCGCUCUUCAUCCUGGGUCAGUGGCAGGGGCACAGCGCCGGGAGCGCGUCCUGCACGCUGUCCGCUCUCCUCUACGUAUUCCAGGGUGUGUCCAGCAACAUGAAAGCCUCUCUGAUUGUCGCCUACACUUUCUGCGUUACACGGCGCUUCACAGUGUUUCGAUGUGCCCGAAGACCGCUGAUCGUAUCUUGUGCGAUAGCUGCGGUGUGGCUCGCCAGCCUGGCAGUCAGCCUCCUGCCCGUGUGCGGCUGGGGAUCCUUCUCGCAGACAUCUCUGGGAUGCUUUGCGGAGGGCACCGGUUCUUACGCGUUGCUCCUUUUCGUGCUGUACUCGCUGAGCUUUUGCGGCUUUGUCGCAUUUUCCAUCCCUCUUACCCACCAGCUGCUGUGUUCCGGGGAACCUCAGAAGGCGUUUCACCCUAACUACGGGGGAUCGGCGGCAGACGGAUCGGCCCCGCUCUGCCACAUCCCCUCUCUGUCCCGAGAUAGCCUGGAGAAAAGUUUUGAGACUUUCAGCGAGAUUAAUUCUGAGCCUGUCGGUUUGAAAAGCCACACCUGUCCGACGUCUGCGGCUCAAAACAGCGGAAAGGAGGCAGCGCUAAACUCCGCAAACUCUACUCAGGUGUUUGCGCAAAUGCGCUUUUCCUUGAUCAUGGCGAUGGUUCGCAUCCUUUUGUGGAUGCCGAUGAUGGUACAGAUCCUAGUGAGUCACGUUGUUCAGGUACGGAGCCCCGUCUUUGAGACACCCAGCUUCUUCCUGACCUUACUGUCUGCCACGAUCACGCCGCUUUUUUUCUUAUCCAAACGCUGGGUUCAUCUGCCCUGCGGAUGUUUCAUCAACUGUCGGCGAGACGUAGCCCCGCAGCCGUCUGCUGGGAAAAAGAGAGGGUUUGAAUUUAACUUGUCAUUCCAGCAAGGUUAUGGAAUUUAUAAGAUUUCCCAGGCAAAGCUGCCCACUGUGGAAACAGCUCCAUACCACAGCUUGUUUGACUAUGAGUGCAGUGAGAGUAGACCUACUGCAGCACGAGCUGGGCCCAUUUCGAGGGGCACAAGUGAUGAGUUCAGGAUCGCAGCUGCUGAGGACAGCUCUCAGGACUGGGACAGGCGGGCGGUUGCCCCCCGCGAGGCCUCGUCGGACGGCCAUGGGCCCGGUCCUGGCUCGGUCCCCGGGCCGACUGCAGAGGACCACAACCUAGACAACUCAUCGGUGUUCGAGGGCCCGGAACGAAGGCUCUCCCACGGGGGAAGCCGGAAGAUGGAGCUGAGCGACUGGGAGUGGUGCCGGAGCAAGUCGGAGAGGACGCCGCGGCAGGUGCGUGGCCUGCAGAGGUCCAGCGGUGGCCUGUCCAUUCCACUGUGUGCCUUCCAGGGCACCGUGUCCCUCCACGCCCCCACAGGGAAGACCCUGUCCCUGUCUACUUAUGAGGUCAGUAGUGACGGACUCAAAAUAUCCCCAAACAACAAGAAGGUGGAGGUGUACCGAUCCAAGUCUGUGGGUCACGAGCCCCGGACAGAGGAGCCAGCUGACGGCACCACCGGCGACACCAAUGUGAAGAUCCACCUGGAGGUGCUGGAGAUCUGCGACAACGAAGAGGCUAUGGACAGCGUCUCCAUCAUCUCCAACAUCAGCCAGUCGUCAGCACACGCCCGGUCACCGUCGCUGCGCUACUCCCGCCGGGAGAACCGCUUCGUGUCCUGUGACUUGGGCGAGACGGCGUCCUACUCUUUGCUCAUCCCCACCAGCAACCACGACUCCGACAUCAACAUCCACAUCCCCGACACGGUGGAGGCUCACCGCAGGAACAGCCGGAAGCAGCACCAGGAGAGGUCCGGGUACCAGGAGGAGAUCCAGCUGCUGAAUGAGGCCUACAGGAGGCAGGAGGGGGCCCGGGACACCUAG